AAACUCGCUCUGUGAGGAAAAAGGGACGGAUGAAAACUUACUACGUCGAACUUUCUUGAAAGUUUUUUGUACUAUUUAUUAUUUUUAACCACCAAAGGAAACUUUUAGAACAAGGGACCAAGUUUUAACAAGAUGAAGAGCCUCAAGUAUCGAUUGAAAAAGCACGAAGUUACCAUCACAAACACAGACUGGAACAAGUAUGACGACCGGCUUAUGAAGGCAGUGGAACGUAAUGAGGUGGACAAAGUGGCUGCUGUUCUUGGCAAGAAGGGCAUCAUCCCUACCAAGCUUGACGUAGAAGGACGUUCAGCCUUUCAUCUGGCGGCUACUCGAGGGCACCUGGAUUGUCUCAAUCUCAUCUUGGGACACAAUGUUGACAUCACUGCGACUGACGCCACUGGUAAAAAUGCCCUCCAUCUGGCUUCCAGAAAUGGACAUUCGCUGUGUGUGCAGAAACUCUUGCAGCACAACUGUCCAGUUGGAAACGUGGACCUACAAGGACGAACAGCUCUGCAUGAUGCUGUUAUGGCUGGCUGCUCCUCCAGUGUGAAACUUCUCUGUGACAGCGGGGCUUCUGUGAACGGCAGUGAUUUUGAUGGCAGGACACCACUGGUGCUGGCAACCCAGAUGUGUCAUCCACGGAUCUGUCAGCUGCUGCUAGAGCGAGGGGCUGAUAUCACCACCAGGGACAAACAAAACAAGACAGCACUGAUUCUGGGCUGUGAGUUUGGCUGUAAGGAUGCCGUGGAGGUGCUGCUGAAGAACGGCAUCGACGUGAAAGCAGUCGACAGUUUGGGCCAUGAUGCAUUUCACUACGCUCGCCUCAGCAAGAACCAGGAGCUUGUGGCACUGAUCAAAAGUUACCUCGACAAAGCCACAAGAGAUAAAGAGGCUGCAAAGAUGGAACAGUGGAAGCGACAGCAUUCAGUGGAGAGAGCAGAGGCAGCUGAGGCUAGUAGAAGGGAUCAGAUCAUACAUGACUUGGAGAGGCAGAAUGAAACCAUGCAGGAGACUCUGAGGAAGUACCACCAGGAACAGAGAGUCCUGUUAGAUAAGGUCAACAUGCUGCAACAGCAACUCACACAGGAGAAGAUAACCGUGGAAGACACCCAAAAAGAGAAGGAGCAGUUGAAGGUUUUACUCAGUGCCAAAGAAAGAGAGGAAGGGGCUCGAGGCCUGGAGACUGUCAAAGUCCAGCUCCGGAGCACUUUGGGGGAUUACUCCGGCCAGUCUGUAAUCAAAGGUAAAGAAAAUUCUUUCAUCAAACAAGCUCACAGCCUGGACUCUGAUCAGACACAUCCAAAAGCUGUCAUGGCCCGUUCAAUGUCCAGACCCCCUGACAAGAGCCCCCCUGCUGUGGCCUGGGAUGUCCCUGGGGAGCUGGACGCACUCAGACACGAGCUUGAGGCUGUUAAGAGAAGACAACAGGCAGCAGAGGAAGAAACAGCACGGCUUCAGUCUGCCCUGAACCGUAAAACCAGAGAGUGCCAGGAGCUUGUUCAGAGCCGAGACGCCAUCCAAAAACAGGCCGACCAGCAGGUGCAGGAGCUGGAGGACGCCUUGGGGGACGUCCAGAAGAGGAUGCUGGAUUCUGAGUGCAAGGUCAAACAGCUCCAGGCACAUGUAGUAGCUGUCAAGGAACACUUAGGAGGCCAAUCCACAGAGGAACUGCGUGCCCAGCUGCAGGAUGUUAAAGCUAAGUAUGAAGGAGCUUCAGCUGAAGUAGGCCGUGUUCGUAAUCGCCUCAAGCAGAGUGAGAAGGCCUUAGAGGAGUACAAGAGCAGCGAAGGCCAGCUAGCAGCGGAGGCAGAGAGGCUGAACCAAGACCUGAGCGCUCUGACUGCAGAGAGAGAUGAACUAGCAGAAACCCUUUUAGAAAUGGAAGCCCAGCUGAAGGAGGCCCAGACUAAACAUGGCAACACAGUACCAGCCGAGAAGUUCGACAACAUGAAAAACCUUCUGACCAACGCUGUCGACGAGAAAGAGCGGCAGAUCGCUGAGCUGAGGGAAGACUACGACCGAGUGCUGGAGGAGGUGGCCGAGCUCCAUCGAAAACUGGACACUCCAUCAUCAAACAGUGGAUCAGGGGCCAUGUCUGAGGAGCAGCAGAUGAUACUGGGAGCUCUGGAAGAGCAGAAUGCUACACUGAAAAGGAAACUGGUGGAUCUGACUGCUAAAAGUCAGGCUUUGAUUCAGGAGGUGGAGGAGAGUGAGGAGGAGAGAGAUAUCCUACGUGAGCAGCUGGAUGAGUUCAACAGCAGGAUAGGAAUCGAUCUAAUACCCAUUAAGGAUCAUGAUGAAGCUCGGAGAAACAUGGUGACGGCUCUGGACGACCUGGAGGACAAACUGGUAGAGGCCAGCGAACGUUAUGGAAAAGCAGAAGCACAGGUCCAGCAGCUUCAAGCGGAGAGAGCCUCACUGCAGGAGAAUAUCAGCACCAUAAAGAGCAGCAGUGAGAGACAACACAGCGAGAUGGACGAACUGAGAUCUCAAAAUGCAGACCUGAUGAAGAAACUGGAACUUCUGCAGCAGAGAUGUGACGACAGAGAUAAAGAGUGUGUACAGCUGAGCACACAGAGCCAGACUCUGAAACAGAGCUUGGAGGGCGAGUAUGUUCCCAGACAGCAGCACGAGCAGGUGAGGAUGGAGUUAAGCUCCACCAUAGAGGGCGUCAAAGCUGAGAUGUUGAAGUUGGAAACAAAGGGAAGAGAAAGUGGUGAGGAACUGAAGAAUGUGAAAGAAGGAAACAAAAAGUUGAAAGAUGAGUUGGAAAAAGUCAUGAGGGAGUUGAAAACAGAUUAUAUAAGUGUUGAAGACCACAAAUCUGUUAUGGACAAGUUGAAUGCUGCUGUGGUGGAGGCAGAGAAUCGAGCAAAUGAAGUAUCAGGCAUGCAUGUGUCAGCUCAGGAGGAAAACAUGAAACUUACCCAAGAACUGGAGGCCCAGAGGAAAGAGCUAGAUACCAUACAUGAGGCUAUUCAGUCUAAGUUUAUCCCACUAACAGCAGCUGAAGAGAAAGAAAACUCCUACAGCGCCCAGGUGAAGGAGUUGACAGUAAAACUGUUGGAAAUGGAAGAGAAAUAUAACCAAGAAAAGUCUGCAGGAGAGAGCUACAAACAGGCGAAAGAGAAACUCAAAGUUGAGAUGGAAUCUGUUCAGCAGAGACUGGACACUGCUCUAGUCACAAGUGAGAAGCACAAAGAUGUGGAGGAAGAGUACAAGGGUAAAUCUGAAGAACUGACCCAGAAAUUGGUGGACUUGGAGCAGCAACAUAAGGAGGUAACUCUACAGAAAGCUGAUCUUCAGGAGCAGAACGCCCUCUGCAACACUCAAAUCCAGAACCUCCAGGAGCGUCUGAAAUCAGAGUUGACUAGGAUUGCAACAUAUGACUUGGAGCUCAAAGCCCUCAAUGAUGCCAUGCAGCAAGCCCAAGCCGACUGCAAGAAAGCAAGAGAGGCUCAGCAGGAGGAUACCCAGAAGGUUUGUGCCUUACAGAAAGAGCUGCAGGAGCGCCGCCGGGAUCAGACUGCUCUGCUGCAAGAACACACCUCAGCCAAGGAGACCUUGGAGGCUGAAGUUGCCAAGCUUCGACUCGCUCUGCGCGAAGAGGAGGAGAACAACGCCCAGAGAGCUGAAGACAUAUCUGCUCUGCAGUCUGAGCUCCUUCAGGCCACACAGACUCUUGAGGAGAUUCACUAUGCAGACGACCAAACAAACCAGCUGAAGAAGGAGAAGCAGCAGCUGGAGGAGGAGGCUGCCAAUCUGAGUAACAAGCUGCUGAGUUUAGCAGAGGAGUGUGCAGAGGCUCAGCAGGAAGCCACACGAGCAAAGGAGGGUGAGAGCAGAGCCAGGGCAGAGGUGGAGGUGGUCCAGGAGAAGGGACAUGCCAUAGAGAGAGAAAUUAGGGAGCUCAAAGAGAGAUAUGAUGAGUCACUCAGCACCAUCUGUGACCUCCAGAAAAGGAUUCAAAUGUCAGCUCAGCAAACUGAAGCCAAGGACAAGAAGAUCACAGAGUUGCUGACUGACGUUGAGCGCUUGAAGCAGGCACUGAAUGGUCUGUCUCAGCUGGCAUACACAAGCAGUGCGCCCAACAAGAGACAGACGCAACACAUCGACACACUCCAAAACCAGAUUAAGAGCCUACAGCAGCAGCUGGCUGAUGCUGAGAGGCAACACAGAGAGGUGGUUUCAAUUUAUCGAACUCAUCUUCUCAGUGCAGCACAGGGUCACAUGGAUGAGGACGUCCAGGCCGCCUUACUGCAGAUCAUCCGCAUGCGACAGGAGUUUGUGUGUUAAAACUUUCCCCCAACCAAACAAAAAGCUACCUGCUGACUCAAAUUCAUCAUUACCACAUCUCCCUCUAAAGAGUGUCCCUGCUGUGGCCCCUGUGGGUGCCCAGUGUGUGUGUGUGACUGUGUGUGUGUGUAAUAGCGAGUUUAUCCAAUGAGACUGCUCUGAAAUUCAUCCUAGUUUAUGUAGAAUGGCUCCACUUUGCUUCCCUAAAUUCAGAUCUGUUAUGGUUAAAACUAAAUAACUGUAGAUCUUAGACACUAGAACUUUGCAUCAACAUCUGCAGAAACGGCAAAAAAAAAAGGUAAAAAUAAAAAUGCUUCAGUAUAAGCUCUUGUAUGAGACUGACGUCUGAGCUUGUCAAUGAUUGUAGUUCAGGUAGUGGCAUUUCUAUUGCAGCACAGUAUGUGAUUGUCAUGCUCUGUGCAUUUGUAUCGAACCCAUGCAGCUUCAAUCCAUUGUACUCCAUGGCAUAUAGGUCCCUUUCAUAGAUUAAUGGCUCCUUUAAUGCUAGGCUGGUAUAUAGAAUGGACAUGAACACAAAAACUACUUUUCACAUUCCCACCUGACUAACAGCUCUCAUACAACGGCCAUGUUUUUUACAUGAGAACAGUGUGUGCUAGGAUUGAAGAACUGGUUCUCAUUUGUUCAUAUUGCUUUAAGAGAUGGACCGGUUUGCAAUUUGUCAAGUCUUCCUUAUAGUAACUGUCGUAGUGCCUUUGUGAACACUGAAGGAGGUUUUGCUUGCAUUAUUCUCAGAUAGUAAAAUCUAUUAGAAAUGCAAAUCGUGGUUUUCAGCUUUUGGUCCCUGCAAAUUGUGCUACGAAGGCUAUCUGAUGUUAGUUUAUAUAAAAGCAUGGAUACCUCUUCAGCCUCUCUGUUUAGUUUCUACUGUGCAUUUCCUGUGACAGUGCCUCCUUGUUGAGCUGCAAAGACAGACUAGUGAUGCAAAUUUUGUACUAAACAGGACAAAACUUACAGAGAUAUCCUCUUGAACUUAAUGCACAGAACUUCAGAUACCUAUGCAGUAGAUAUGAGCAGGGAUUGAAGAUCUUUAGCCUUGUCAUAUGCAUUUAAAACAUAUUAGGAAGGCACCUUUUAUGUUCAUUACAACAGGAAGGGUAACCAGCAGGCAAAACCAGUCAAUUCUGAACCCAUCCUUUAACACAGGAUUUGACUGCCUAUUUUAAUGUACAGCAAUGGCUUUUUACAGAGCAGCAUUUACCUGUUAAUAUUGUUCUUUAGCAGUAUGAAGGAGUCAGAUAAAGUGGCUUUUUAGAGCUUUCAGUCUCUUUAGAGAGAAAUGUCCUCUUUGUGUUUCCUCAGAUUGUGUGCCCUUGCUAUUCUGUGAAAUGUCUCUUACUUUCGAGGCUGCCUCUAUGCUGUGACUAACCUGCAGCUGUCUAAACGGGCCCAUUAGCAUCAGAAUACUAGAAAAGCCAUGAACAGUUUGAACCUGUCCUUCAGCCUUAUUAUACCAGUUGCAACACUUGAGCUACUUUCCUGAGACUCACCUCCUUCUGUGGCACAUUACUCACAUUCAGAAGGUCCAAAUUAGCACAUUUCUUAUCAAAAUACUCCAAAUACCAAAGAUUUGUAGAGGGAAUACGGCACCCAAAUGAAACUGUUUGCUAUCGGGGGACAUAGUAGAUGGUUUAGUGACUGAUUUGGAGAGCUUUUAGUGAUGUUGCUCACUCAGAACAUUGAGUCUGGAUAUUGUUUGUGCUGGAUUUGAGUCAUGUGGGGUGUGGAGUGGAGAUCUCUUGCUGUGUCCUACAGUUUGCAGUGGCACGUCGUCCUUUUUGUUGAAACCAGAGUGUCCUCUAGUGGUGAGACUUGGCAGGCCAAGUUGAUAGAAAUUGUAGUAAUCAGUGUGGCCCAGGGGUAGGCAGCAGUCCUUUUAGGAAGCUCUGAUAUCUGAGUGCAUGGACUAAACAACAGGGACAUUUUAAAUCUUGCAGAACGUUUAAAUUGAACUAAAUCAGAAAAACUGACAUAAACCUAAUCUUCCCUGCUGCAUUUAAAGACAGUAAAUGUCUCAGCUGAACUAAAGUGAUGCAGAUCUCCUAAAAUGAAUGUUGCAUUCCCCUGAGCCAGCUCUUUGUGACUCUUGAUGGUGUAGUGUAGUGGUGUUGUGAUUGUUGAGCGAGUCUCUCAUGCCUUUACACUGAUAUAUUUUUCAUAGAUUUGUACUACUUUAAUUACUGUACUACAGUGUGGAAACUCUGACAUUCAGCAGGUCUGGAAGUAGAACGGCACAAAACACGUUCAGGGUAACAUUUACCGCAGGAAGCCAUGAAUUGAAAAUAGAAGAAAUCCCCUUUAUUUAUGUGGAUAUUGGUUCGUUCUUUAAAGCACUCCUGUCUUUAUCUUUCUGCUAACACCAAGUGAAAUUUAAGUGCUCUAUUUUUAUAUUUUGGCCAAAAACUCUGUUUUCACAAACAGUUCAGAAAACUUUGUGUUUUGUAUUUCAGAUUUCGGGGAUUAACAUUAACUUUUGAACAUUUCUUUCCAUUUUCCCUCUCCUGUUAACAUUAACUAGCAAUUGAAUCCUGGAAAUCUCUUAAAAAUAAACUAUUUACCAAUCUGUUUAUUUCUUUGGCAAUAAUACUUGUUUGUGAAUCACUAAUACAAAAUCAAUAAAAGUGCCUAACAUAGAAA